GGAGAACAUUUGCAGACUGCCCAGCUACGAUCGAGACGGCCAUUUUGGAGCGAAAUUUAUGAUAUUAAGAAAUCCUCAAAAAUACUUUCCAAAUCGGUAUUUACGUUAGGUGGAGAAAGAAUGAGAGUAAAAUACUAGCCUUUUGUAACGAUCACCAUAACCAAUGUUCUUUGUAUCGUUGAAUAGAGUCUGGUAACGAGUAUGACGAGUAUGACGACAUCCUUUAUUAGAAUAUUAUAGAAUGGUUCAUACAUGUAGAGGUGCUUUCAUUUGCCUGGAAGGCUGCGAUCGAGCAGGAAAAUCGACCCAAUCCAAGCUUCUAGUCGAUUAUAUAAGAUCCUUGGGAAGUUCAGUAGAACAGAUGCGUUUUCCAGAUCGCAGUACGGCGAUUGGUAAAUGUAUAGAUUCAUACCUUACGAACAAGACGGAUCUUGAUGAUCAUGCCAUCCACUUGUUGUUCUCUGCUAACAGAUGGGAAGCUGUACCCACUAUUAAGAAUCUGCUUAAUAAUGGAACAACCAUCGUAACAGAUAGGUAUGCAUACUCUGGUGUGGCUUUCACUGCAGCAAAGGAGGGAUUUACACUUGAAUGGUGUAAGAAUCCAGACAGAGGGCUACCAUCUCCUGACCUGGUCAUAUACUUGGAUGUGUCCUCAAUUAAGACCUCUGAAAGGUCAGAUUAUGGACAAGAAAGAUAUGAAAACAAUGACUUCCAAAACAAAGUUUCUGCAAGAUACCUGGAACUGAAGGCCAGUGACUGGAAGGUUAUAGAUGCAUCUAAAAGUAUAGAAGAGAUACAUGAGGACAUUAAACAAGCUGUAUUAAAGGUGCAAGAAAGAGUAACAGACAAGCGUGAACCGAUCCACAAACUGUGGGUAGAUUGAUAGCACUCUACUGUUACAGCAAUAACAUUAAUUUACUAAACUCAAGUGAAUUAAAAUGAAAGUUCAGGAGUGUAGGCAAGGGAGACGAGGGGGCAAGGGCUCCCCCUUCCAGGCAACUAAAUGGCAACUUUUUACAAUUUACCUGGUAUUUUUCAAUUUCUCUUAUUUUCAUUUCUGUAAAACUAAAAUGGAAAACGCAAUACAGGCUUUAAUGUGUUUUUAGGGGAGAGGGUUCAGUCUUUUGGGGGGCUUAAACGAAAUGGGAGAUUUUUGAAUUUCCCUCACCUUCCACCCUUCAGAAAAUCCUGGCUAUGCCCCUAAUGCUUGUAAAAAUACAUGAACCUAUUUGUAACAUUCUGUACAUCAUUAAUUGUAACAUUCUAUACUCCAGUUUUGAAUUAAAUGUUGGGUUGACCUCAACUUUGUGUGAAAUAUUCCCUUACUCCAAUAAAGGUCUGCAAUUGCCCUCUUUCACUAUGACGUCACUGCUUGUUUAUGUGGGGGAUAGAAUUGCCAAAUCCAAUAGAAAAUUCAAUAAAAUUUGCUCCUAGAGAAACAGUUUAAUCUAAAAUGGCCUGGUUUUCAGAUAUAAUAUGUGCUAUUAUGCACUAAACAAUAUUCUGAGCAUUUGCUGGCUAUUCUACUUCUCUUCUUGGAUUGAUAAGGGUUUUAGAAUAAUUUUCGAAUUUGAAUUAAUUUGCAUUGAUUUGAUCCCCUCCGACGACCAUGAUCCUUUGUGUUUAAACAAUAGAUUGUUUUGAUGUGACAUCAUAGUGAAAUAGGGCAAUUUCAAAUUGAUUGUAUUGUUGAAGUUGUACAUUUUUUAGUUUAGUUGUGGCAUUUGUAAAUCUAAAUAAAUUCAUCUGUAAUU